AAAUUUAUUACCAAGUUCUUGGUUUUAAAAGUAGAUUUAUCUCACAGCACUUGUUUAUAGUAACACCAACCUUUUCUGGUAACUUAGCUUUCAGUAAUGGCGGAAAUAGAACAUGACCUUUCCCCACUGAUUAGAGUUUACAAAGAUGGUCGAAUCGAGCGGAUGAUGGGUGAAGGUUUUGUCCCACCUGAAUCGGAUCCUGAAACCGGAGUACAAAUCAAAGACAUUGAAAUUGAUCCACAAAUUAACCUAUCAGCAAGACUUUACCGGCCCAAAUAUAUAGACCCGGUUCAGAAAAUCCCCCUUUUCGUCUACUUUCACGGCGGCGCUUUUGUAAUCGAAUCUGCUUCUUCACCUACCUAUCACAAGCAUCUAAGCAUGGUAGCAGCUGAAGCAAAAGUCAUCAUUGUCUCUGUUAACUACAGGUUAGCUCCUGAGUACCCGUUACCCAUAGCAUAUGAAGAUUCAUGGAUAGCUCUCAAAUGGAUCGCUUCACAUGCUAAUGGUGAUGGUUAUGAACCAUGGAUAAAAGACCAUGCCAAUUUCAAUCGCGUCUAUUUUGGGGGAGAUAGUGCGGGUGGUAACAUCGCACACCAUAUGGCCAUUCGGGUCGGGUUGGAGAAGUUGGAGGGUGUGAAACUUGAUGGGAUUUUCCUAGCCUGUCCAUAUUUCUGGGGGAAGGAUCUGAUUGACGGUGAGGGAGAAAACUUGUUUGUCAAGGAUUGCAUUGAUAAGCUAUGGCUGUUUGCGAAUCCCAACGGCUCGGGAUUAGAUGACCCAUUGAUUAACCCGGAAAAGGAUCCGAAAUUGUGUAGCUUAGGGUGUGAUAAAGUAGUUGUGUAUGUGGCCGGAAAAGAUGCAUUGAGAUUCAGGGGAUUAUACUAUAAGGAGGCGUUGGAGAAGAGUGGGUGGCCGGGGACGGUGGAAGUUGUGGAAGUUAAAGAUGAGGAACAUGUGUUUCACCUGUUUGCUCCUGAAGCUGACAAUGCCAUGGCCAUGUUGAAAAAAUUGGUCUCUUUCCUUAAUCAGUCAUAGGAAUUGAGUACUAUUUUUAUGAAUUAAUUGGAUGUAAUUGUUAAAAAUUUUCUUUUUAUUGAAUAAAUGUUGGAUCAUUUAUAUAGUAAAAGAUCUUGUGGUAGCUUAUUA